AUGAAGUGCCUCACAAUAGCGUUUUUUACGCAUUUGUUAGCGAAUGUUUUUAGUGAGACGUCUGCCAAAAAUGUUGCAGCAAAGUACGAUGCAGCGGAAUUGCUAAGGCAAAUUUUCAACACAAACGAUACCAUACUGCCAAGAGCCAAUUAUGGUUUAAUCCAAUUCGAGGGUCAAACACCACAGCUAGACUUUGUCAAUUUCGAAACACAGAAUAAUCUAGAAGAUAACAGAGGAAACAGUUACACAAAUGAAGCCUCUAUAAAAUUUGAAAAUGAAUAUGAACCUACGUAUGAUACAAAUGUUCAAAAUGUUGUUGGACAGAAGGAUGGUUCUAGAAAGAAGAAGCGCAGGAAAAGAAAGCCUAAGCAACAUUUUGGUCAGCAAAUUCCAGGGAAUGGACAGAAUCUGCCUUAUGCUCCAGGAUAUUAUGGGAAUGGACUUGGACCUACGUACGGAGGACAGUAUAAGCCCCCGCGACCACGUCCCCGCCCAUCACUAGCCUCCGAAGCCCUAUCAGCCGUGACGGAAGCCCUAACCUCCAUCGCUCUGUACGACGAUUACCAGUGUGUGCCGCGACUGCUGUGCGAAGCGGCCGCCGGCGGAGCGCUGGGCUCCUCAGGGAUCCUGCAGACUGUGUCCGGGCUACAGCCUUUACUGACUCUGUUGUCAGCAUACAGCGGCCUCACCAGCAACCCCCUGUUCGUGUUCGGACGCGCGGUGCUGCUGGGUGCAGCAUCGAAGAGCAACCCCGCAACCUGCCGCUACGCCUACACCGCCUGCCCCACCGACCCGGAGCAGCUGGUCCAUUACCUGAACAACCACAAUGGAGGAUUCUUCAGGUUCUUCAACGCACCGCAACAAGGACAACAAAACCUUGAACAAUUCUACAAUCAACUCUCACAAAACUACGGGCUGAACCAACCGGAGCAGGAAUACAAUCAGCAAAAUAAUUACGGGUUUAACAACAAUCAACAAAAUUAUGGUUCUCAUAACCCUAAUCUAUAUUCUAACUAUAAUCAAAAUUAUGGACUGGCAUACCCUUAUCAGAAUAAUGGUCAAAAAAUUCGAUUCAAAAAUAAUGAUUUCAACGAAAAUACGAAUAAAAUCGAAAAACGUAUCCAAAUUAAACCAAACACACAUUACAGUGACGAUUUAGAAGACCGGAAUCCAAGAUGGUCGUUUCCAGAAGGAAAUAGAAAUCCUGUUAAUUACGUAAAUAAUGAUGCCUUUGAUUUUUAUAGUUCUAAUGAAUACAAUUUAAAUAAUAAUAAUAAAAGAAUAAAUUUUGAUGACCAGAAUGAUAGAAAUCGGUAUCACGAUGACAAAAGAAAAGGAAAAGUUCUCAAUUUUCCAGGUGUCAAUAAUGAAGAAGAUUAUUUAGAGGCCAAUUAUUAUGAUAAAAAUCGUGGGUCUUUUUUCCCUGAACACCAAGACAAUAAACAAUAUUCCGAAUACAAUACUCCUACGAAGAAUAAUAAUUAUGAUAACAAAUAUUACGAUAACAGACAAUAUCUUAGUAAUGAUUAUAAUAGCAAUUAUCAUGAUAAUAGACAAUAUCCAGACUAUAAUUCGGCUUCAAAUAAUAAUUUUGAAAACAAAUAUGUCAAUCGUGAUGAAUAUUAUGCUAAUCGAUAUUACGCAAAUAAAAAUAAGUACGAUAACGAUAAUUAUGCAAAUAAAGACAAAAAUUAUAAUUAUAACAAUGAUAACUAUGCAAAUAACUAUAAUUACAAUAACAAUGAUGAUUUGCAAGGAGUGCGAACAGUUUACGUGGUUAGAGGUAACGGCGAUCCAAGUAACCCAGAAAUUCAUAAAUUACGACCUGGGCAAACUGUUCACUGA